AUGCUCUCCUCGCGGGGAACCAAGAAGACCGAAUCCCUUCACCGUCCCUGGCGAUAUGCCGCAGCGCAUACCUACGACACAGAAACCAACCCCGAGGGGUUGAUAUCCUUUGGCAUGGCAGAACAUGCUUCAAUGCGUCAAGAGAUCGCGACCUACAUCAACUACAAGGUGUCAUUCACAGCAAACGACAUCGGCUACCGUCCUCGUCCGGACUCGCCCGCUCGUCUUCCCCAGGCCGUGGCGUCGCAUCUAAACUCCCUUCUGAAGCCUAUAGUUCCCAUCGACGCUGACCACGUCGUCACUGCUAGCGGACUAACGGCCAUCGGGAGCAUGUUGGCCUUCACCCUAGCAGAAGAGUCGGAUGGGAUCCUUGUUGCUCGGCCUGUGUAUGGUCGAUUCGAAUUAGAUUACGGCGUCGAGGCCGGCGUCCAGAUUGUGUAUGCGGACACCGAGCCCGAGGAAUCUUUCGCGCCGGGUGUUGUCGCGAAGUAUGAAGCGGCGUUGAAGGAUGCUGUAAGUAAGGGUAUCACUGUUCGUGCUGUUUUGCUUGUGAAUCCGCAUAAUCCUGUGGGUGAGUUAUUCUUCGGCACAUUGGUCCUGGUUCCUAGCUUGCUGUUUUGCGUUGUGUCGAUGAUACUGCUAAACAAGUUAACGUACUGA